CCAGAAAGUCCUCCUGCAGAAGGUGGGAUCUGAGGCGAGUCCGGAAGGAGGCCAGGGAUUCUAAGCAGAGAGCAUUCCAGACAGGAGAGGCAGCCUGGACGGAAGCUCAGAGAUUCUGUUGUUGUUCAAUCUUGGGGUUUUCUUGGUAAAGACAUAGGUUUAUCAUUUCCAAGGGUACUAACGGACAGGGACUUAGGUUCUCUCCGGAUUCUUAAGGCAGUGACGGACAAGUUUCUGGGCUGCUAGACGCCAACCUCCCUAUUUUGCAAAUAGGGAUACUGAGGUUGGGGAGGCGCAACUCCUCAAGGCUGUCCAGCCUGCUCCGGGGGACGGAGCCCAGAGGUCCAGGACUCUCUCCCAGUUCUACCUUUAAUGUUACAAAUGGAGAGACUGGGGCCUAGGCAAAUAUGCAACAGGUCACUCAGAAUGACCUCGGGGCAACAGGGAGGAGCCAGUGGGCGUUAACGUACCCGCGUCCGCCUGCUCCGCCCACUUCCGGCCCUAACGGUGAGCACGACUUCCUGGAGCGUGCGCAUGCAUCGACGGACCCCUCCCGCUCCGCUCGCGUCGCCCUUUCUCCGCCCUUCUCCUCCUCUCUCCUCCCGUUCUCUUCCGUCUCUGGGGAAAGAUAAAAGCAAAGCUCACAGGCGGCUGCCGGAAAUGACGUGAUCCAGCCCCUGAAGCGGAAGUGACGCCAGCCGUGCCCUUGACGGGCGGGCUGGGCCAAGCCGUGCCGGGCCGGAGGGGGCGGAGGCUGCGGGAGAGAAGAGGGCAGGGAGGCCUAGGUGCCUCUGCUCUCCGCUCGCUGCUAGCCGCUUGCCGCUCGCUCGCUCGGUCUCGUGGCCGCGCUCGCGCCGCAGGAGAUGGCUCAGCGUAUGGUCCUCAGGAGAUUCGCGGCCUCUUUCUUCUCCAGAAAGUUCCCUCAAUGUCAGUGGGCGCCUCUUUCUCCUGAGGUUCUAGUCCAGGGUAACCCUGGCAGACCAGCUCCUGUACCUAGUUUGGCCCGGACAUUUUUUACCACCAGGGUCUGUAAGGUUACAUUUAAUGUCCAGGAUGGGCCUGACUUUCAGGACAGAGUUGUCAACAGUCAGACACCAGUCGUUGUGGAUUUCCACGCACAGUGGUGUGGCCCCUGCAAGAUCUUGGGCCCCCGGUUAGAGAAAAUGGUGGCAAAGCAGGAGGGGAAGGUGCUGAUGGCCAAGGUGGACAUUGAUGACAACACAGACCUCGCCAUUGAGUAUGAGGUUUCUGCUGUGCCAACUGUGCUGGCCAUCAAGAAUGGGGACGUGGUGGACAAGUUUGUGGGCAUCAAGGAUGAAGACCAGCUGGAGGCUUUCCUCAAGAAGCUAAUUGGUUGCUGAGCUACACCUGCCUUUAUUUCCCCUCGGGCCCUCCUCCUAGAAGAACUCUAGUCCUUUCCAUACUUCCUCAUCCCUCAUCUAGCCCACAUUGGCCCAGCCUGUGUCUUUCUGGGGAAAGGUUCUUCAUCUCCAAACUUGAGAACCUGAAGCAUUUCCCAGUUGUCUUGACUACAGAGGACUGGUACCUAGGGAAGUGGAGCUGCUGCUGGGGGUAAGAGGGGCUGGAGUGCUUUUCUUCUUCACAUGCUUGAUCCCUCCCCCCUCUCUUCCCAUCAUCAUCUUCAAGCCCAGCCUAAUCUAAGCCCCCAACUGUGAGGAGUUUGGAGAGAGACCUGUGGGCUCACCCAGUUUUGACUGUGAAAGCUUUGUCCUUGUCCUCUGGCCCCUUUACUUUACCACAAAGGUUCUGUGACCCUGUGCCUGACCUACUUGCCACAUUUUUCUCCUCUGAUGCUGUUUUGUAAAAGAAAAGAGAGAGCAAGUAAUAUAUAGACAUAUAUAUGUGGUUCUCUCAUUUUUUGUAGGUCUGUAAUAAAGAGAACUUUACCAAUCACUUCUACCUCCUACUCUGAAGAACAGACCCCAUGGUGCACCCUGAAAUUCCCUUGCAGUAACAGUCCCCAUUUACAAAAGACUUCCCUCCUCCUCCUCCUUUUCUUUCCAAUCUCAAGGAUAUGAGAGCAGGAACUGGCCCUGGGGAGAAAGGGAGGAAUUCUGGAAAACUCUUUAAAUGGAAGAGCCCUGAAGCCCUGCCUUACCUUAGCAUGGGAGUCCUCCUGUUUUAUGAGCAGGAGGUUUAACUGUGGACAAAUCAAACAAAUAAAACCCCAGGGCCAAGCAGCAGAGAUACCUUCCAUCUUUCCAGAGACAGUCACUAAUUCUCUCUUGGGCUGGCCUCUAGUCUCAUUUCCUUAUCAGGUUGGUUCCUUACUGUGUUUACAAACAAGUGCACACACCCACCUCUUCUUUCUGCCUUCCCUACCCCAGUCUUCGCAUUAAAGCUGGACAUUAAAGUAGACUUACUGAUGG